AUGUCGAGCCGGAGGUCCCGCGCGUCGGUCUCGGAGGAGGAGAUCAACGAGCUUAUCUCCAGGCUGCAGACGCUGCUCCCCAGCGCGCGCCGCCGUGGCGGCAGCCAGGCGUCGACGACGAAGCUGCUCAAGGAGACGUGCAGCUACAUCAAGAGCCUGCACCGGGAGGUGGACGACCUGAGCGACCGCCUGUCGGACCUCAUGGCCACCAUGGACCACAACAGCCCUGGCGCCGAGAUCAUCCGCAGCCUCCUCCGCUAG